CAUUGGAAGAAUCUAAGCAUCGCGGCCUUUUUCGAUUUUAUUCUCCAGAAAGCUAAAAUGAAAGCAUUUGAAAUAAUAAAUUGUAAAUUAGAAGACCCACGUGUGGAAUAUGACGAGGGAGAGUAUGAAAUCCCUAAAGAUAAAAAUUUGAAACUAGAUUUAAUUUGCGUUUCCGGCGAUAAAAGUAUUUUCGAAAAAUUUUGUAAAAAAUCAGAUUAUUCAGAAUUCAGUAAAUGCGAACAUUUAUCAUACAAAUAUGAAAAGAUCUGUAAAUUACAAAUGUCUAUUACCGAUGUUAAAAUUAUGCCAGAUUUUAAGAAUGCAUUGGAUGAAUUUAUUGAAUCCAAAGAUUAUAGGGUACUUAAAGAAAUAGAAGAAAGGUAUGGUACUUUUACACCGAAAACUAUUCAAUUUGGAGGAAGAAUAGAUCGUAGGAAUGGAAAUAUAUCACAUAUAUAUGGUGGAAACACAGAAUAUUUGAGAUUUCAUCCUGAUAUGAACGCUUGGAACGAUUCGCUUAAUGAUCCUGCAAAGUGGCAACCUGUAGAUUAUAAAGAUAUAUGCGGUAUAUUAAAAUUGCUAGAUGAAGAGUUGCAAAACAAAUUAAUUAAGGCGAGAGGAAAGAUAAUUCUUUAUAAAAACUCCGUAAACGAGAUUUUUAGAUUUAGAGAAACUACAAAUCAUGCAGUUAGAGUUCUUGAUAUCCCACGGGAGAUAUUUCCUGAGAAUAUCACGAAUUUCACGAAUUUCACGGAUUUUCAAGUAUUUGCAACAUUAGUUAAUAUGACUGAUGAAAGUGAUAUUCUUACUUUUCGACUUUUUCGCAAACUUCCUGGAAAAUCUACAAAAAUAAUAGUUCAUUGUGCUAAAUCUAAAGAAAAAAAACUUAAUCGUCAUUUAAAGAUAGGUUGGAUGGUGGUUGGUCAUUGUCCUGAUGUUAUUGAGAUGGUUAAAAGCUUAAACGAUGGGAUGAACAAAGAAUUACGACUAUUUUCAUUUAAUAGCAAUAUUACACCACAAAACAACCAAUCUUUUGCCAUAAAGAUUUUAGACACUGAAUUUGAGAAUAUUAAGCCUGGAUUAUUUGAAAGAAUUUCUGAUUGUACUUUUACGGGAACCAUUGAGACAGAUAGCUUUAAAAUUCAAAAUAUCACGGAUUUUCUAAAAUUACGAUUAAUGUAA